CAAUCCACAUUGUUUUCCAAACCUACCUCGCUGCUUCAACGGAAAGCAUUUCAUGUUAGAAAAAAGCCGACGCGUUUGUUGCCAAAUAGCACGCGCGUCUGUGGAGUGGUUGGUUUUAUGAUAAAGCGUACAAUAGCUACACGUUUUUCUUUUGAAUUCCUGUCGUGUGUUGUUAGUUUCGUAGAAUUCGUAACAAACGGACGCAAUCCCCCAUUUUUGGAGGGAGCAGCCUGCCCGUACCCAUAACCUAAGUUUGCAUCACGAACUGUCGGUGAAACCGGAACAUCUUCCCUCAUCUCCGGCCUAGACUUCACGAUGAGGAAACGUUCGCUUUCUGUCGCUUACGAACGUGCUCCAAGGGUGGAACAAAUAUCGAAAAGGUUUGAAGGAGUGCCAUCCGACCACGAGAAUGAUAGCGAUUCCGAGGAAGAAAAUGAGGAGGUGGAAGCCACCGAUACCGCAUCCAACUGGACUGCGGACGAUUACAGGAAGCUGGUCACGCAGCUGCGAGCGGUACUGCCGCGAAAGGACCAGAGAAAAUCGAAGGUAAUGCUGAACAAAAUCGAAUGGGAUCGGGUAGCAUUUGACGACCAUUCGCCAGAAGAGACGAGAGCGGUUACGCACGAAAUCAUCAGCAAAAUACGCAAACAUCGUACGCUUGGCGAAAUGCUCGAGGAUGUACCACAGCAGGUGGACAAAAUACUAGCAACGGAGAAACCGAAAAACCCUCUCUCGGCGUACAAUUUCUUCAUCAAGGAAAAGUUUACCAUCUACAAGAACAAACACGCCGGUUUGAGCACCGUUGAGGUGUUCAAAUUGUUAAGCAAAGAGUUUUCCAGUUUGUCCGAGAGAAAGAAACAAAAGUACGAGACGUUGGCUGCUAAAGCGAAGGAAGAACAUAAGCUGCAGAUGGAACAAUACUACAAAGAUCACCCGGAAGCGGCGCAACAAAAAAAGUCGACAUCACAAAAAACUACAAAACAAAGGAAAGCUACGGCCGAAAAGCCAAAGACGAUCACACCAUUUGCAUUGUUCAAGCUGGACAAGAAAGCAGAGAAUGCACAAACAACUACCAGAGAACUGCGCAACCAGUGGAGCGAGCUGGACCUGAAGCGGAAGUUGAAAUACAUUCAGCAAGCAUUCAGGACCCAGUCAGAAAACACUGCCAACGCCUUAAAGCUUACCAAGGGGGAGCAGCAAUUGCUCGAGCAAGCCAAGGGAAAGCCUGGAUCGUUCCCCCGAUCGACGAGUGAGUACUAUCUCAAGCAUUAUGCCGAAAACGACACGACGCUGACAUUGACCGCGUGGCGCAAGCAGAAGAUGGUCGAGUACAAAAAUCUGUCCAAGUUGCGAAAGUUGGAGCUGGAAAUAGAGUACCGCCAGGCGAAGCAGGAGUACGUCAACAAGUACGAAGCGUACAUCGAGGGCUUAGCGGACGAACAGGCACGUCAGGCUGAGAUCGAACUUUUGCGGUCGUUCAUCGCAACGAAAAUGGAUAAGCACGAUCGGGUGCAGUGCGACAAUCGACCGUUGAUGUCGAUGAUGGAGGUGUCACGGGUUGAAAACGAGAUGGUAGACUUACCGAUCGCCGAAUCGACUACUUUGGCGCCGAAACGCGGCAAAGCAAAGGACAAGGCGUUGGCGAACAGCAUCAAACCGAAACCGGAACCUGCUGCCGUCGCAAGUCCGCUCAAAUCACAACCACUCAAAUCGAUUCUUAAAAGUCCGAUGACGGCGGUGCCAAAAGCUGCUGUGGCACAGGAAUUUGUCGUACCGGGCACGACGACGAGCUCACCGAACAAGAAACGCAAACACUCCUUAAGCGGCCAUGACUCGGACAGCAGUAGCACGGCGGAAAAGAGGAGCAAGCUAUCAAUCGUCACCCUGCUGAACAAUGAGGAGACUGGUAAAACGAAAUCCGAUGGAAAAGCAAAUGGCACCAAACCGUUGCCCGAUGAACCGGUACGGCCGCCUACAAACACUCUCGAGUUUUACAGAGAAAAAUAUUUCCUCGGCAAACCGGAAACCUGUGAAGCGUCGUUCAAAAAACUCUCAGCCGCCCGGCGAGCAUCGAUAAAGCGCGAAAUGAGUGUGGCUCACAGGAAGUACUUCAAACAGCUGCAAAAGUUCCUCAAAUCGGUGCCGCAGAAAAAUAUUGAGCUCUACCUACAGAAACUGAAGCAGGCCGAACGCGCCUGUAACAGAGGUGCAGAAUCGUCCUCCGAAGAUGAAGACGACGGGCAUGUAUCAUCUCUGGCUAAAGGUACACCGAAGCAGGAACCUCAAACUAGCAGCUGCAGUAGUGAGGAUGAGGAUGAUGCAGCUGCUGCUUCAGCCAAGCCCCAAAACGGGGCAAACAAUAGGGAGGAGGAUGAUGAGAGCAGCAGCGACGAAUAAGUGGUGGUCGGACGCUUUCUCACAAUUAUGAAGUAAGCAUCUUAGGCCCCGCUGUUUUCCGUUUUACAAAACAUAUGCUUCUGUUUUAUGUAUAAAUAUCGUAGAGGAUAAGAUGAAUCAUGCCGAAUAUUGGUACGCGUAGAAUAACGUAUUUCGAUCUAUUGGUCAUGUAGAGCGCAACUGUCUUUAUAACACUGGACCACAACAGUUACUGGACCAUUAACAGUUUGUUAAUGUGUAGGUACAUAGGUACAUGUUUUCUGUUCUGAAAUAGUGUAUGACUCUUUCCGGUAGGCUGGUGCGUACAGAUCCUUGCAGUUCCGAUUGUAGUGCUGCAGAUGAGUUUGGGUUAUGCUAGUUUUGUUUCUUUUACAGCGUGAAAAAGGCACCGCAGCCUGGCAGGUUUCUUUUCGUAAUGAUUCAAUUAAAAUUUAAUAAAGCAGUAAAAAGUCUACGUA